ACUAGAAAUAUAUUAAAGUGCUCCAUUUUGUAUUUUGAUUAAAGUCAGGCAACACAUGUAUUGUAUUUCAUCAUUUCCCUUUUUAACAGCAACAUAGCAGUGUGUACUGGAGGAAAGGAACCAACCAAGCUCUCAGUGAUCUCAAUCCAGGAAAAAGUUUGCAUGAACUUCUGCAGUUUAUUAAGGUUCAGGGAUGAAUUUGAUGGACAUAUUCAGCGAGCAGUGGUCGGAGUCCAGCGAGCAGUGGUCGGAGUCCAGCGAGCAGUCUUCGGAGUCCAGCGAGCAGUCUUCGGAGUCCAACAAGCAGUGGUCGGAGUCCAGCGAGCAGUGGUCGGAGUCCAGUGAGCAGUCUUCGGAGUCCAGCGAGCAGUCUUCGGAGUCCAGCGAGCAGUCUUCGGAGUCCAGCGAGCAGUCUUCGGAGUCCAGCGAGCAGUCUUCAGAGUCCAGCGAGCAGUGGUCGGAGUCCAGCGAUCAGUCUUCGGAGAACAGCGAGCAGUGGUCGGAGUCCAGCAAGCAGUGGUCGGAGUCCAGCGAGCAGUGGUCGGAGUCCAGCGAGCAGUGGUCGGAGUCCAGAGAGCAGUCUUCGUAGUCCAGCGGGCAGUGGUCGGAGUCCAGCAAGCAGUGGUUGGAGUCCAGCGAGCAGUGGUCGGAAUCCAGUGAGCAGUGGUCGGAGUCCAGCAAGCAGUGGUCAGAGUCCAGCGAGCAGUCUUCGGAGUCCAGCGAGCAGUGGUCGGAGUCCAGCAAGCAGUGGUCGGAGUCCAGCGAGCAGUGGUCGGAGUCCAGCGAGCAGUGGUCGGAGUCCAGCGAGCAGUCUUCGGAGUCCAGCAAGCAGUGGUCGGAGUCCAGCGAGCAGUCUUCGGAAUCCAGCGAGCAGUCUUCGGAGUCCAGAGAGCAGUCUUCGGAGUCCAGCGAGCAGUGGUCGGAGGUCACUGCCCCUAACCUGGAGGCGAGACGGCGAGCCCCUGUUCCAUCAUCAGGUUUUUUGGUAACAUUCCCUAUGAUAUAGCAUCAUACGUACACUUGUGUUUAUUGGUGUGUCUAUUCUCCUGGUUGUAACUGAGAAAGAAUGGAAAUCAACUUUUGACCUUAGAAUGGGCACAUGGAAGAGUGGUCGUGUAUGGCUCAGUUGUUAAAGAAUGGUGCUUGCAACACCAGGAUUGUGGGUUUGAUUACUGGGACCACCCAUACGUAAAAUGAAUGCAUGUUUCACUGUCACUUUGAGUAUAUGGCAUAUAUUAGAGGGUGUUUAAUAUUUUUUAUUGUAAAAUAAUACAUUUUUGGUUAAAGGACUUGGGUGGGGUCAUGUGUGCAUAGUGUCCCCCAGUCUUUGCUAUUACCUCAUGUUUGUAUUUGAAGAGUUGCAGGUCAGCCUGAGGGCUCCAGCUAUAACUGGGUAAACAACUGGGGCCAUCGACCCAGCUCUCCUCGUCUGUCUUUAGAUAUGACUCAGCCAUAUAAAGGCGACCACUGGUCCAGCUACAAUCUCCACAGGAAAAGCUGAUGACUCCUAAAGCUAACGCUGGGUAAUAUAUAUUAUAAACUGGGUGGUUUGAGCUCUGAAUGCUGAUUGGCUGAACCCCGUAGUGUAUCAGACCGUAUAAGGGAAUAACUCGCUGCUCUGAACUCCUCUUCUUAUAUACCUCACCAGGUUCCCCUCCACAGGGGCCUGUCUCUCCUUACUAUUUCACUCGUUAUGGCUUCUCAGCGGACUGCAAAGUGGUGGCGUUCCCUGGGGACAACCCAGGUUGCUCUGUAGCUGUCUUUGUCAAGGGCUUCUGUUUUGAUUUCCUCCUCCUGUCAUUCUGUCAUUUGGCCUCUGGGUGGCAGUAGCACUGUACUAAUGGCAUUGAUCUGCUCCAGUAAUCCUCAGCUCCUCCACUCCUAUUCUACACAUGGAUGUUGUGUAGAUUCUAAUGAGAGUGCAUGGCGGCGGUGGUCACAUGUUCACCCUCUUCCCAGGCAGCUGGAUAUGAACCCGAUGAACAGAGAGAGGAGCUGCCCCCUCGCCAAGCAAGCAGCCCUUGUUUAGGACCACGACCAUUCCUGCCUGUGCUGUGUGCUGCCCAUGUCUGUAGACUAGAAUGUCACGGCAGGCCAGCUGAGCAUAAACACAGACCCUGACAGGCUUCAGCCCGCUCCGCCCUCUACGCUAGUCCGCUCAGCAGUGUCAUCUGCAUAAAAGGGGCUUUGCGACCAAUAAAAAGACGGGCAACGCCCAGAUCGCAGGUGUGUGAGCCAGCCUGAGGCACAGUCCAUUGAGAUUGAACUCUUUCAGUACAGCUCGGUGUGAGCAGUCAAACAAUAGCAAAUGGACUAAUUGAUACAGCUGUGCAAUUGCCUGGCUAUAAUUCAUUUUGAUCAAUGGUGUGAUACAGUAUGUCAAGGUAGGCAGGAUACAUAAGGGGGUGCAGUAAAAGUGGAAGGAGGCUUCAUGCUAAGAUUUAAAAUGGUUUUCCAAUUGAUAUGUACACUGAACUGAAUUAUAAACGAAAAAAAAAAAAAAGCCACCUCCAAUGCCGUUUUGGAGAACCGCAGAGCACAUGUAUGGCAUCGUGUGGGCGAGCAGUUUGCUGAUCUCAACAUUGUAAACAGAGUGCCCCAUUGUGGCGGUGGGGUUAUGGUAUGGGCAGGCAUAAGCU